AUGACCUCUCUGUUUGCCAUGUUCUUCUUCAUGGCCGUCCGUCUUCUUGUCGACUCCUCUCCGACAGUCUCUUCAGCUCCAGAGGUUGACGUGGCAUCUCAGCUCCGGGAGGGGGCGCCGGCCUUGGACUGUCCAUCCUGCUCUCUGUCUCAAAUGAGGAAGAACUCAUCUUUGUCGGGGGGACAGAGCGACAUGGUAGAGGCGGUGAAGCGUCACAUUCUCAACAUGCUGCACCUUAGCACUCGGCCCAACCUGACGCAGCCGGUCCCACGUGCCGCUCUGCUAAAUGCCAUCAAGAAGCUCCAUGUCGGCCGAGUGGCCGAAGAUGGCAGCGUGGAGAUCCAAGAGGAGGGCCAGGGCCCCGGGGCCUCGACUCCACCCGAACCACCCUCUGAAAUCAUCAUGUUUGCAGAACAAGGAGACUCUAUGAACACUGUGACCUUUGACAUUUCAAAGGAGGCCGAUGGCUCAAUGCUGGUAGAACAGGCGAACAUCUGGAUCUUCCUGAAGGUGUCGAAAGUAAACCGAGUCAAAGGCAAAGUGAUGCUGCGGCUGCUGCUGCAGACGGACGAUCAGGAGGAGUGUGUUUCCGAAAAGAUGGUGGAUACUCGUCGCAGCGGCUGGCACACCCUCGACAUCUCUCGCAUCAUUCAGACUCUGCUGGAUGGCGGCAGGAGCUCGCUCAGCCUGCAGGUUUCUUGUCUGCUGUGUAGCGAGGCUGGAGCCUCGCCCGUCCUGGUGCCCGCCAACGGCGAGCGAGCAGGAGAGCGAGGCCAGUCUCAUCGACCGUUCCUCAUGGUGGCGCUGCGAACUCAAGAGGAGGCGACUCAACGACGAGUCAAACGAGGUCUGGAGUGUGAUGGAAAGAUGCAUGUCUGCUGCCAAAGACAGUUUUACGUCAACUUCAGAGACAUCGGCUGGAACGACUGGAUUAUCGCUCCGGCUGGUUACCAUGCCAACUACUGCGAGGGUGACUGUCCAAACCACAUGGCGAGCAUCAGCGGUUCGUCCCUCUCUUUCCACUCGGCGGUCAUCAAUCAUUAUCGUAUGAGGGGCUACAGUCCAUUUCAAAACAUCAAGUCGUGCUGCGUGCCGACGAGGCUGCGUGCCAUGUCAAUGCUCUACUACAACGAAGAGCAGAAGAUCAUCAAGAAAGACAUCCAGAACAUGGUUGUGGAAGAGUGCGGCUGCUCGUAA